AUGGCUGAAGCAUCCGCUGUCGCACCCCCUCCUCCCAAAAGCAACAAGGAGAAGAAAAAGGAGUGGUGCGCUGCCGUCAAGAAGGGGAAGCGAGAGCGCAAGAAGGCCCGUCGUACCCGCAUUGAUGCCAUCUUCAAUGACUUGUUGAACAAGUACAAUGCAAUGGGUAGCGCAGACCAAAGUGCUGCGGACUGUGCUGACGCCAUUCGCGUUCUCAGAGAAACGGCUGAGGCACUGGGGGAGGAACGUAACCCCCACACACACGUGAAGAAAAAAUAG